CUGAAUUCCAAGAUGAACAACGCAACCCUCCACCUCCCUCGCAUCCUCUGCCUCCACGGUGGAGGCACCAACGCCGUUAUCUUCCGGAUGCAGUGCCGCGUGCUCGAAAAGCGCCUUGGCCGUUCAUUUCGUCUCGUCUAUGCACAGGCUCCCUUCACCAGCACAGAACCCGGGCCAGAUGUAACGGCGGUCUACAGAAACUACGGGCCUUUCAGAGUCUGGUUCUGCGAUCACAACAUGUCCAAAGUCCUGACAUCCCGGGACGUUGCUACAGCGAUAGACACAAGUCUUGCACUCGCCAUGGCUGCCGACGACGCCAAGGGGGCUACCGGCGAGUGGGUUGGCCUGCUGGGCUUCAGCCAGGGCGCAAAGGCAGCAGCUAGCAUUCUAUACCGGCAGCAACGGUGUGAAAUCACCACCUUCAAGUUCGCGAUUCUCUUUGCCGGCCGGGGGCCUUUGGUAUGGCUCAUGCCUGACCUCCCCCUGCCGCACGGUCUCGUCGACGCCGCUACACCGUUCACACACCCCUCUUCACCUUGGCUCACCAUGGGCUCUGACGAGCACAUGUUGCGGCUGCCGACAGUGCAUGUCCAUGGGGUAAACGACCCUGGCCUGGAGUAUCACCGAGACCUGCUUCGGGAGUACUGCGACCCGGCACAGGCCACGCUGUUGGAAUGGGCGGGCGACCAUCGCAUGCCAAUCAAGAGCAGUGACGUCGAUACCGUGGUCCAACGCAUUCACCGAGUGGCGAGAGAGACAGAGACAGAGACUCCGUCUGUAAUGAUGACGGGGAAAGAUUAUGGAAGACCGGUCGAGAAUGGCUUUUCGCUACAAAGUUUGAGCAUGUACAUUUGAUUUCAGUUUAUGAUACCACAAUACAAUACCAUCCUGCA